AUGCCGUACGUGAAGAAGGAAGAGUGGAUUCGACGCCUUCAGGAGCAAGGCGAGAAUCCGCCAACAUCAUGGACCGUGGCACAGCUUCAGGGUCGCUAUGCCGAGAUCAUGGAGAGCGAGGAGGUGGACGAUCCCCACAAGGGAUUGGAGGAAGCCAUGAAGGCAAUGAAGAAAGCCAGCCGCCAGAAGAAAGCCGAGUUCCAGAGGUUCCUGGACGAAAAGGGAGUGAUCUACGGCAAGACCGACACAGUUCAACAGUUGGUGUGCAAGGCCGAGGAGCAGAUCACAACCAAGUUCGAGGUGUCGGGCAAGGAGGUGAUGGGUUUUGGACGUCACGGAGCCCUCACCAUGCGCGAGGUCAUGGAGGAUCACGGGGCAUAUGCCCAGUGGCGCCGGACCAUCAUGGCCGAGGAGGACACGUCAUGGCGUCGGAGACGAUUUGUGAUGUACUCCGAGAAGUUCCUCGCGGAGAAGAAAAUGGAGAACGAGAAAGGCCGCAAGACGGGCGCGAUUCCGGAGAACCCCAACCGCAAGCCGAACACCACGAUGCACCCGAAGACCAACGCCGCGAGAGCGGAUGGCUACAAGACUGCCCCGCAGAACUUCGAGCUGGGGACGCCGAAGUCGCAGAAGAGCGACUUUUCCUUGGCCGAGAUUGCCCGAUUGAAGGCGGAGCUCCAGCAGAUGGCCAGCGACAAGGCCGGGUUGGAGGAUGUGAAAGACCUUCCGGAUGCGGCGUGGAAUCUCUCUUUCAUCCAAGAGUUCCUCGACAAGUCGGCCCACUGGCAGACUGGCGUUGUCGAAAGAAGCAUUCAAAGUGCCAAAGCUGUCAUGAGUGCCAUUGCCCAAGAAUUCCCCGACAUGUCUAAUGAUGAGUUGUUUGGUCGUGCUGUAUGGGUGUGCAAUGCCCGGGAUCUUUAUAGAGGGUUUUCCCCCUUACAGCAUGCGUCUGGGCGAACACCAGAUGAAGACAUGCGCAUGUUUGAGACCACCGACGAGAAGCCACUGAACAACGAUCUCAUGGAAGAUGGAGGCUUCGGACAAAAUAUCCGUGCGAUAUGCAUGGCCGAGAAGGCGUUCAUCGAAGAACAGGCUCGACAACGAGUGCAGCGAGCAUUGGCUAUGGGACAUCGGAAGACCAGUGUCUAUGCCCCUGGCGACCUUGUCUAUUAUUGGAGGAAGCAACAAGCCGGAAAGACCCAUCAGAACAUUCCCAAGGGAAGGUUCCUCGGGCCGGCCAGAGUGCUCGCCACGGAGUCCAGACAAGAAGGCGAUGGCCGUGUACGACCAGCGUCAAUUAUAUGGAUUCACAGAGGGGGCAGGCUACUUCGCGCAGCCCCGGAGCAGCUUCGUCAUGCAUCUCCCCGAGAAACUCUCAUGGAAGAGUUGAACGGCCCAGUGGAAAUUCCGUGGACCAUGACGGCUUUAGCCACGAGUCCAAACCGAAGGACUUAUCAUGACAUCUCCCACGAAGUUCCUGACGAAGAAGAGUGGGAAGAGGCAGCAGAACACCCUGUUGAAUCUGUGGACCCGAAUCUGGAAGCACCUCGCUUCAGACUUCGCGAGAAGCGGAGUUUGGAGAGUUCUGUUCCUUCUGACCGACCUCCUUCCAAAGGACAGAAGAUGCCUGAGCGUCGGGGGACCAAGAGAGCUGGGGAAGAGCCAGCAAGAGGGCCUCUUCGACCUCCUCUUCGGGCAGUAGGAAGUCGAGAAGCUCACCCAGAAGAUGAACAAGAGAUUGUGCUCCAGGCUGUGGAGAUCCACAUCGAGAUGCCAGACUCCAAAAGGGGUUUGAAGAAGCUCACCGCCAAUCCGGCAGCCUUCUUUUGCCAAAAGCUAAAACGUAAGCAAGUGGAAGUGUGCGAACGCCGCCUCACUCCCGAGCAAAAGAAAGAGUUUGACUCUGCAAAGGACUCCGAGGUGAGGAACUUUGUGGCGUCCGAAUGCUUCAAAGCGUGGAAGGGUCCGGAUGCUCCCGAAGAAGAGAUCCUCGGCAUGCGUUGGCUUCUCACGUGGAAAUAUGAUGAGAAGUACAAAGACAUUGGCGGGCGAAAGGCGAAAGCCAGGGCCAUCAUAUUGGGGUACCAUGACCCAAACUAUGCCGCGAGAGAGACCUCUUCUCCGACUCCCUCGAAAUCGGGAAGACAACUCUUUUUCCAACUUUGCAGUUGGAAGAAGUUUGCCAUCAAGAAAGGGGAUGUGUCAGGAGCUUUUCUUCAAGGAGACCUUCUGGAAGAACAGUUGUGUUGCCGGCCCUUGCCGGAAAUCUCGAAAGCUCUUGGCGUUGAAGAAGGCACCCCUAUGUUGAUGCGCAGGGCCGCAUACGGCCUUGUACAAGCUCCUCUGCAUUGGUACAAGAGCGUAUGUUCCUUUCUCUCUUCUCUGGGAUACCGUCGAUUGAAGAUGGAACCAUGUUGCUGGGUGUACACUGAGGCAUCCGGCGCAGUGAAUUCCAUCAUUCAUGGCCAUGUCGAUGAUUUCAUGUUUGGCGGCGAUCCGCAAUGUGAUAUCCAUCGAGGUCUCAUGGAGAAGAUCCGUCAGAAGUACAACUGGGGAACAUGGGAAGAGGCUGAGUUCACGCAGUGCGGCAUCCAUGUGAGGCAACUGGAUGACUUCUCCAUCGAGAUGGACCAGAGUAAAAGCAUUGAGGAGCUUGAAGAAAUCCACAUUUCGAGGGACAGGGCUCGGCAAACAAGUUCUCUCACCACUGAUGCGGAGAAGAGCAGCCUUCGAGCAGUCUUGGGUAGCUUGUCUUGGGUCUGUGGUCAGACCCAUUUUCUGCAUUCAGUCGAUGUGAAUUUCCUGAUCACGACAAUCCCCGUGAGCACAGUUGAAGAAAUCCUCCAGACGAACAAGGUGGUUCGCGCCGUGAAGAAGUGGAGAGAUUUCAAGCUCAGGAUCCAUGCCUUUCCAUCUCAUGAGCCUCUGGAGAUGACAUGUUGGUCAGACGCAGCUUGGGCGAACAGACCAAAUGGCAAAGAUAGUACUGAGGGCAUCUUCAUAGGCAUGUCUACUCGUAAGCUUCAGGCAGGGCAGGAGGAAGAUGUCACACCCAUUCAUUGGAGAUCAAGCAAGAUCGAGCGAGUUUGCAAGUCUCCGGCAGCCGCGGAGACAAUUGCAGCCUCUGAUGGUGAAGAUGAUCUCCUAUUCCUUCGUAACCUUUGGAGUGAAAUGUGUGGAGGCAUGAUCGAUCCCCAACAUCCUAAUGUAGGAGCUAGACAGACCGCCGGGCACUUAGUUACUGACGCUAAGAAUCUUUUUGACAAGCUGUACUCCCCUGUUCUUACUGUUAAGGGAAGCGAAAAGCGAUCUAGUAUUGAGGCUCUGGGUCUUAAGGAAAACAUGGAAGGAGCAUGCACCAGCAUUUCAUGGGUUCAUGGCGACGCAAUGCUCGCUAACUCCUUGACCAAGACCAGCGAGAAACAUCAGAUGCUUCUCUUCGUGCAGAUGGGAUUCCGGUGGAAGAUAGUCUAUGACGAGGGCAUGAUGAGUGCAAAAGCAGGGCGAAAGCAGGGCCGAGCAGCCUUGGACAGCGACAGCACUCA